CUAUUGAGCGGCAUUAGCAGCAUGGUCUUUCGGACGCGCUGUUGGUACACACCUCGUAUGCCGAGCGCUCGGGUCAGCUCUGUGUUGAACGGCAUUCUGAAAGAGUGAAUAAGGACAGAGGGGCUAUGAGCAGGAGGAAAUGGUUGCAGGUACUCCGAAGAGCUUGGAGACUGACGGCGAUUAUAUGGAGUCUCUUACGCGCGUUACUGUGCGGUGCUGAUGAUGUCUGGGGUGCCGUGGGGAGGAGCGAGCGACCUGGGCUAAGCCGAGGAGCCGAGGUAGGACCCGAUCAGGAGCGGAUGGAUACUAAUCUCCGUCGACUCCAUCGAGCACGAGUCGAGGCAUCUGAAUGGCGUGCAAAAGAGCUGUACAGCAUCAUUGGGAGGUGGCUCUGACGGGAGUAGUCGGUAGAUUGCGGCAAGGCGAGGGUUUUCUGGGCCCUGGGUCGUGGUUUCCUCAUGCGCGUGAAGCGGGGUCUUUCACGAGGCAAGCACCCCC